GGAGGGACGGAUGAAUAACAACAGCCGUACAUACAUACAUACAUAGCGGCAUCAGCACGUGCGUGUGUAUGUAUGCGUGUGCACGUCCCAACCCGCCACCUCAUAUUCAUGGGCUGCAUCGGGUACUUCAGUACUUUUCCAAGUCUUCCAACUCCUAUGCCACGCAACAACUGAAAGCCGUUCAAACAGUUAACCGACUAUAACGAACCCCAACCACGGUGUAACGGAAAAGACCUGAAACCAAAGAAUGCUCGUCAAAAGAGUCAAAACCGAAGAUGUAAAAGACGACGACAUGUCGGAGGAGCAGCACCGGCGGCGGCGGCGCCACUACUGCCGUUACCCCCCCCCCGCUCUUUUCACAGCCGCCGGCUUCGAUGCCACCGUUGCACAUCGCGGACCAGGUAGAUGCCGUACGGAACCAGACGCGUCAACACCGCCACCACCACAAGCACCGCCUGUGCGCCGGGUCAUGGGGGUACGGCAGCAGCAACGCGGAGUGGGCGCGGCCUGGGAAGAGCAGACCGCCGGCGGCGGCGGCGGUGGUGAAGGCGGCGGCGGCGGCGCCAGGCAGGGCUUCCACCUUCAGCGGUCUGGGCAGGAUCACCUCCACCCCGCGGGCUUGCAGUCGCCGCAGCACUCGGGAGCCAGCGGCCCCCACCACCGGAUGACGUUGCAGUACAAGGCUUCGGAGCGCAGUCAGUUUAAGCAGCUCUUCAGGAAGAUCACCCUGUAA